AUGCCUAACAGCAAAGGCUCCGCCAAACAGCCAGUCUGCCUCUGCAUUGAGGAGCUUGCGCAGGAGGUCAAAGAUUCUCUCAUAUCCCUCCCGUUGUCGCUGGAGUCGCAGAAGACCCAAAUCUUCCUAGUAAGCGGCACUGAAAAGCAAAAAGUGCCAAGAGAGUGCCAUGAUGCAGUUUCGGUCCUGGUUCACCAGUUCCAACUGUAUCGGGGUAGCGUAAUAGCUCUGAUGGCACUUCCAGAAUCAGACGGCGUCAAAGAGGACAUCGAUUUCCACCUAGCCAUCACGUUGUACCUUACGGACAUUCUAGCCAGGUUUAUGAUGAGCUUAGAGCGGAUGCUCCUGGUCCACGUACCAAGUGGCGGUCAUGCUACCUUGACUUUCACUUCGCAAUGGCUUUGGCCAACAACUCGUUCACAAAGGAGCAACAGGCCACUGCACUCAAGACGAUCGAUCACGUGGAAUGACUUCCAGCAGAAGAAGAUAUAUGCACCAGUACAGCAGCUUGAUCUCGCAAAAAUGCAUGAUGCAUUCUGCAAAGAUGGGGUCAACGUCAUCGAACCACAUACUGCCCACAAGCCGGCAGAGGCGAAGGAAAUUCAGCAAAAGAAGAAUUUGCGGUUUGAAGAUAUCACUCUGACGGAUGUUAACACUUCUCCUGUGGGUGAGGUUCGAAAGACUCGCAAGGAUAGCUGCAAUGUCAACACCCAGGGUCCUACUGCAGCGGAUAAGGCGAAGAGGGCCCGCAAGCCUAACCGCAGUGAAAAUGAUAGUGAUGAAGUUCAAAAUAUAUAUGAGUUGCAGGAGAGCACCAAGAAGCCCCGUAAUAAAUCCCUUGUCCGGGCCAGGAAUAAGAAGACAGUGAUGCCCGAAAUGAUGAUCCAGCCGGAGAAUGAGAACUGUUCUGACAUGGAGGAGUUGUUCUGGGAAUGGCAGCGAAUCCCUUUGAAACCAAGGAAUGAGAAAGUGAAGUCCAAGUCUAAGUCUGAGGAGACACUUGAAUCCGAAGUUCAGCGUGACGCCUCGGACGAUUCAGACCUGGAGGAUGAUGGUAUCCAAGAGGUUGCGAAGACGAUUGAGGGAGACGGAAAACAGACCCACAAGUCUGCCAAACGCAGACGCAACCGAAAGACUGCGACAAAGGAUAAGAAAGCGAAGUCUAAGGAGAUGAUUGAAUCUGAAGAUGAGCGCCACUGCGACUUAGACAUGACAGUCGCAUCAGAAUCAGAUGCAGAUGCUGGGGAGUACGAUCAUGAGGGCAAUUCGCAUGUUUUUCUCAAACUUGCCGCAUGGAUAUCCCGUCGCUUCUGUGAGCUCGCAGGUAUCGACAAGGACGAUGAUUUAAACGGAUUGGUGAUUCCAAAACAUCCAGGUUGGUUCGUGUUUGAUAGCCAUGAUCACUUUCUCGAGGCCUUAGGCAUGGAACGCAUGUAUGCCGCGACCACGCACAUGGACACACACCCUGAAUACCUCACAUGUGUCUUCCGUCAACUCGUUGCAAGCAUGAUGUCGGCUCACGAGCUCCCCUGGUUAUUGCCAUUGGUUCCCAGCACUGACGAUACUGAUAGUGAAUCCGACGGUGACGAGUGUGACAUCAAUGUUACACAUGCCUGUGUGAUAGGAUGGACAUCGCCAGAGAGGGUGAUUCAAUGGAUCAUCGCAAAGGGAAUGGUUCGGUGGAGCCUGUACUGGCUGCAAAGUGUCAAGCGGGGACCUCGACCUACGUCACCAGCCGUGACUUCCACGACUGCAUCUAUAUCAUCGUCUGUAUCUGACAUCACCAAAGCCCUUCUCUUGGAAGAAAGUUUUGGAUCGACCAAUGAGCCUGCUGACACAGGAGUGGCGGUGACAGACACUGAUGGAGAUGUGUCUACGAAUGAACCGCCUGAGACAGAAGAAGCUAUUGUAGACAUUGUCGAAGGCGCUGCUGGUUCUUUGAGUGAGCCUGUUCAUGGGUCAGGUUUCAAGGCUGGAUCCGAGCGCAUGUCUCCUGAAACGGCAGCCGCUGACGCGGAUGUGGAAGCAUCACAGUUGAUCAGCGACUCCGACACGACGAGUGCAUCUAAUCCUGGUCACCCGUCCAAGAAGGAUGAAGAUGUAAUCCAGCUGACCAUCCUUGUCUCAAUCCACGCACCUGCAACAUUGCUGUAUUGUGAUCUUCAAAUGGCAGCAGAGCAAGCUCGCCUCGUUUCAGAAAGAAAAGCCCAUGAAGAGCAUGCAGCACGUCUAGGCAAUGCAUUGCGGGGCAUCAAAGAUGCAGGUUUUGGCUCACUUUCAGAAUUCUUAGUGGAGAUGAUGCAAAGACCGAUCAGCAACACUGGCUCAUAUCUCACGCACUUUGGGAUACGUAGUCGGCAACCUCGCAUCACCGAUUCAUGGGCCACAAGCACUGCUUCACGGCUGCUUAUUAACGUGGGCAAGAAGCUUGCUGCAUUCCUGCAUCCGCCUUCAGGUCAAGAAGUGUCUGAGCUUUUGAGCAGUUGGCCGCUCGAGAGAAUUCUUGUCGAGGCCGAGAAGCUUGCUCUAACUGUUUGUACCUUCCUCCGUCAUAUUAACAUGGAUUUCGCCUCACAUCAGAACGGCGAGACCGAGACCUUGUCUGUUGUUGUCACUGUAAUUUGCAUGCUUGCACAAGCCCGCAAUGAACAAAGCAAUGGGUAUCAGACAAUGAUCAGUUGCACAUCCACCCCCCACCCCCCCAAUCGCAUCCAUCUCUCUGACGAGCGUGCGCAACUGUCAGCACCACAAACAACCUUUCCUCUCGCAAAUGAAAAUCCCCAGCCCACAUUGACAUCCCUGGCGAAAGGGAAACAGCCAGAGCGCAGUUCCUCCAUUCCAUCUAGAAAGAACUGUGGUACGGACCGUGAUGCCUUGGACAGCGCUCUGCUUGAAAACCCAUAUGACUCGGACCUCUUUCGUGCCACAGAGACCAUCCCGGUUGAUGACGUGGAUGAUGCUGAUGAAGAUGAGGACUCGGAUGUGGAUUUUCGAAGGGAGCCUGAUGAUGCCAUGCCCACAUCGAGUAAUGUGCCACUCAUGAGGUUCGUUCCACGGUCGAGCAUGCCCAUCUGGCUCUCAAGGCUGGUCAUGCAACUGUUCGGACGGGUGUGUGGCGUGAAGUCCUUUGAUGGACUACAUACCACAGUGAACGAGUAUAGUGAGAUCGUGAGCAUAGUUAUCACUCAGAACAAGGGGCAUGAACAGAUCGGUCCAGUGCUGCGUGCUGUGGUUGCUGCUGCGAAAAUGUUCGGCCAUACCCCCACCGAAGCAGUCUAUACAGACUCUGCGAGCAGACCGGCUCGCAUACCAGCAAUGGUUCCCUUCCCUCCUUCAGAGCGUGGUCCCUGUCCCCAAUAG